GGGAAUACAGAAAGCACUGAAGUUUGCGGUAGUAUCUAGUCCGGCAACGCUUAAAUCGCUUGAUCUUGGUCGAGCAGUUAAAGUAGUCUCGUGAGGAUACAUUCUUUUUUGAAAACUGCCGCGAUCUACAAGGCACAGUAGGCAACUGGGCGCAUGAUGAACUCCUCGUUGAAGCAAGUAGCCACAGUUACGUGGUCGCAGGUCAGGCGCGUUUCAACGACGGGACCAUGCCUCGGAAAGAGAAACUUCCGCAAGUUCCCUGUGCACAACAUUCGUGGGACAUUUCACGAUCGUCAACGCAAGGAUCGUGUGAUUGAGACAUAUGGAGUGCGUGAGCCAUCUGUGUCAGGCCGAGGACCCCCAAUACCUGAGAUGGUUCCGGAACUGGUAGUGCCUGACCUCACAAACUGCCAGUUGGGUCCAUAUGUCUCGUACCGUGCACCUGAGGUGUGCCAAGGGCCAUUCACAGCCCGGGACCUGUUUGAUGCUGUCUACUCUGAAGCAGUGGCCAAGGACUUCAAGGAUGGGCAAGCAGACAAGAGUGUCAGGCACCUGGACACACAGCCAAGUCCCGAGGAGGCACGCCUGCGGGCCCGUCAGACCGGCAGUGACAUUUUCCCACCACUGUGGCGGGUACGCAAGAUGGAAGAUCAAUAGGCGGGAUUUGUUUACAUCUGUAGAUUUUAUAAUAAAUGUCCCAUUUCCGAGUUAA